AUGCCACCCGACGGGCUCGAGCCGGGACCGGUUUGUCCAGCCUGGCAGGCUGGUGUUCCCUUUCCGAAACCUCCCUGGGAGUUCCUGGCCUCCCUGCUCUCGGCUUCAUGCUUUCGCUGGCCUCUCUCUCGCCUGUCUCUCUCGCCGAGCCGGAGGGGAUGGAGACCCUGCGGAGGAGCCUGUCCCGGUGGAAGAAGUACCACAUCAAAGUCCACCUGGCCGACGAGGACCUCCUGCUGCCUCUGACCGUGAGGCCCACCGACACCAUGAUGGACCUGAGGGCACACCUGGUGCGGGAAGGGGUGACCUCGUGGAAGAAGACCUUCUUCUACAACGCCCGGGUGAUCGAGGAGCACGAGACGGUGAAGGAGGCCAAGAUCCAGAACGGGUCCGUCCUCCUGCUCAUCAGCGACAAGAGGUGGGUUCCCUGGGCAUCGCUCCUCAGCCAAGCUUAGCCAGAUGCUUAGGAAGUUUGGGUUGGUUUGGGGAGCUGUAGAGUUGGAAGGUACCCCCAAAGGUCAUCCAGACCAACCCGCGGCAAUGCAAGGAAAUCGCAGCGGCUGUCUCUUGGGCUGAGAUGCAGUUGAGUGGGAGAGCAUCUGCUUUUAGGGCAGCGGUUCUCAACCUGUGGGUCGCCAGAUGUUGUUGAUGGACUACAACUCCCAUCAUCCCUGAGCUCCAGCCUUGCUAGCUAGGGGUGAUGGGAGUUGUAGUUCAACAACAUCUGGGGACCCACAGGUUGAGAAGGGCUGUUUUAGGGAGAUGGAGGUUCCCGGUUUCAACCCCCAAGUAAGACUUAGAGGGACCCCUGCCCAUGGCAAAGCAAGCUGACGGACUAUGCGGAGAUGGCAAAGCUGACUGGAAAACUCAGAAACCAGAGGACAAAAACUUGAUAAAAGAAUGGGAAUACAGUGAUAUCUUCGGUUAAGUACUUACCGUAAUUCGUUCUGGAGCUCCGUUCUUAACCUGAAACUGUUCUUAACCUGAAGCACCACUUUAGCUAAUGGUGCCUCCUGCUGCCGUCGCGCCGCCGGAGCACGAUUUCUGUUCUGAUCCUGAAGCAAAGUUCUUAACCUGAAGCACUAUUUAUGGGUUAGCGGAGUCUGUAACCUGAAGCGUAUGUAACCUGAAGCGUAUGUAACCCAAGGUACCGCUGUAAUUUAUAAGUUAUUUAGGAGACGACUGUAAGCAGAUGGAAACAAAAGCAGGAUUUUGAUUUCACUUGUAGUGUAAAAAUUACCAUGGAUAAUAUGGUUGGAUAUAGAAAUUGGAGGAUGGAUGAAUAUGCAGUAAAAAGGUAAAGGGACCCCUGACCAUUAGGUCCAGUCGCGGCCGACUCUGGGGUUGCGGCGCUCAUCUUGCUUUCAGGCCGAGGGAGCCAGCGUACAGCUUCCGGGUCAUGUGGCCAGCAUGACUAAACCGCUUCUGGCGAACCAGAGCAGUGCACGGAAACACUGUUUACCUUCCCGCCAGAGCGGUACCUAUUUAUCUACUUGUACUUUGCCGUGCUUUUGAACUGCUAGGUUGGCAGGAGCAGGGACCGAGCAACGGGAGCUCACCCCGUCGCGGGGAUUCAAACCGCCGACGUUCUGAUUGGCAAGUCCUAGGCUCUGUGGUUUAACCCACAGCGCCACCCACGUCCCUGAAUAUGCAGUAGUAGGUGUUUAAAAUGGGACUUGUGGAGAGGAUGGGGGGAAGUCCCAAGAUUCGGAGAAUCUUUAUAUAGUUCUUUAAAAAACAAAUACCAUAUUUUUUGCUCCAUAAGACUCACUUUCCCCCUCCUAAAAAGUAAGGGGAAAUGCGUGUGCGUCUUAUGGAGCGAAUGCAGGCUGCGCAGCUAUCCCAGAAGCCAGAACAGCAAGAGGGAUUGCUGCUUUCACUGCACAGCGAUCCCUCUUGCUGUUCUGGCUUCUGAGAUUCAGAAUAUUUUUUUCCUUGUUUUCCUCCUCCAAAAACUAGGUGCAUCUUGUGGUCUGGUGCGUCUUAUAGAGCGAAAAAUACGGUAUCUGUUUAUUUGUACUUAGUAUUUGUAAAACCAAUAAAAAUGAUUUCAUUAAAAAAGAGAGAAAGGGAUCUCUGCCCAAAAUGCUGGAGAGAUGCUGCCAGUCAGUGUAGGUAAGUGGAGCAAACCUUUGUAUCAGGCAGUUUCCUAUGCACUCGUCUCAAUCAGCCCUUUGGUUCGAAUUGAUGAGGACUAGAAUCUUGCUUUGCCUGGCGAGGAAGGACCUCAGUUCAGCCAUGGAGCGCCUCAUUUGCAUGCAGGAAAGGCCAGCUUCAAGCCUCUGCCAGUCAGUGCAGGCAUUGCUGAGCCCUGCAUAAAACAGCAUCCUAAGUUCCUACAACUCUGGGCUUAAUUCGGGGGAAACUGCAGAAAUGUUGAUCAAACUCGUUUUAAAAACACAGCAAAAAGCCCGCUCUUUAGCUGGCCGUUUUUGCAUGCCGCCUGGUUUCGGGGGAGAGCAAAGAGCAUUAUUUGCAGAGCAAAGACUUACCGUAGAAUCCGGGGUCCCCAAAGGUCCUCUAGUCCAACCCCCGCAAGGCUGGAAUCGCAGGGAAAGAAUGCCCAACCUCUGCUUCAAAACCCUCAGUGGAGGAGAGUCCAUUUAUUAUAUGCCUUUAUGUAGAGCCGUCCCCUUGGUGCUGUCUCCUCUGCGGCUAAAUAAAUAAGGAGCCAAAGUCCUCUUUGCUCAAGUGAGUGCAAAGCCACCAUUGAGGGUAAGAGCAAGCUGCGGACAGAGGGCAAAGGCAGAGCAGGAUUUGACCCAGUGAAUGGAGGGUUACUGGAGGCGGUGGAAUUCAAAAUUCAAGCCGUACUAUUUUUGCAUUUGCCUGCCAUUGUUCUGGAUACGCAAAGACUAUCUAGAAUGUAAAUAAUAAUAAUAAUAAUAAUAAUAAUAAUAUUCAUAUCCUGCACGGGGCGGCUCCCAACAGAGGACUAAAAACAGAAUAAAACUUCAAACAUGAAAUAAUAAUAAUAAUAAUAAUAAUAAUAAUAAUAAUAAUAAUAUUCAUACCCCGCCCAUCUGACUGGGUUUCCCCAGCCACUCUGGGCUGCUUCCAACAGAGGACUAAAAACAGAAUAAAACUCCAGACAUGAAAAACUUCCCUAAACAGGGCUACCUUCAGAUGUCUUCUAAAAGUCAGAUAGUUGUUUACUUCCUUGACAUCUGAUGGGAGGGCGUUCCACAGGGCGGGAGCCACUACCCCAGUGAUACAUCACUCAGUCGGUAGAGCAUGAGACUCUUAUGGUUGUGGGUUCGAGUCCCAUGUAGGGCAAUAGAUCGCGGCCUUGCAAGGGGUUGGGCUAGAUGACCCUCGUGGUCCCUUCCAACCCGUAGGGUUCUGUGAUCACCGGGCUGCAAGACACCUGUGACUUUCCACAUGUCGGAGGACUACAGCUCCCAUCAACCCCAGCUGUCGGGGAUGAUGGGAAUUGGAGUUCAACAAAAAUAUGGAGGCCCGUAGGUUCUCCAUCUCUGCUGUGUACACUGGCUGUGUGUUGCAUUCGGAUGUGGGGGAAUAUUGUACGACUUUCCCUCUCCGCCUUGUUUUCUAAUGUUCAUUUCAUGCUGCAGUUCCUGAGGCUGCAACAGACUUUUCCCGGAAGCCAGGAGCAUGCUAAACAUCCAUUAUACAGUGGUACCUCGGGUUACAUAUGCUUCAGGUUACAUUCGCUUCAGGUUACAGACUCCGCUAACCCAGAAAUAGUGCUUCAAGUUAAGAAAUUUGCUUCAGGAUGAGAACAGAAAUCGUGCUCCAGCGGCACAGCAGCAGCAGGAGGCCCCAUUAGCCAAAGUGGUGCUUCAGGUUAAGAACAGUUUCAGGUUAAGUACGGACCUCCGGAACGAAUUAAGUACUUAACCCGAGGUACCACUGUAUUUUGCUAGAUUUCCAGAAGUGGCUGAACUAUAACGGGAACUGAAUAAUGGGGCGAAAGAGCACUAAGCAUGCGCGACGACACAUUAGUUUUCUGAUAGCGCCUCUUACAUCGUGUGGAAGCUCAGAUGCCAUGCGGAAAUUAGCAGUUAGGGAAAUGUAGGAGGAAAAUGAAUAUUCUGCCUUGCGGGUGCAGCCACAGUAGCAAGUCUUGGGCACACAGAGCCUUCUCUCUCACCCCGUCCUUGAGGAUGCGAAAUUGCUGUGAGCAAAACCAGCAACAGUUUAUUGUCUUCGUAAUGUGCAUAUAAGGGACGCGGUUGGCGCUGUGGGUUAAACCACAGAGCCUAGGACUUGCCGAUCAGAAGGUUGGCGGUUCGAAGCCCCGCGAUGGGGUGAGCUGCCAUUGCUCGGUCCCUGCUCCUGCCAACCUAGCAAUUCAAAAGCAAGCCAGCGCAAGUAGAUAAAUAGGUACCACUCCAGUGGGAAGGUAAAGGUCUGGUUCGCCAGAAGCGGCUUUGUCAUGCUGGCCACAUGACCCGGAAGCUGUCUGCCGGCUCCCUCAGCCAAUAAAGCGAGAUGAGCACUGCAACCCCAGAGUCGGCCACGACUGGACCUAAUGGUCAGGGGUCCCUUUACCUUUACCUCCCAAUAAUGCAAUCACACCACAUGCGAGGAUGAUGAUAGCUUCUCUAGUUAAUAAAUGAAGGGUGCCUUUGAAUGUGCCAAUGCCACUAAACCUGGACUCCUAGAGGUAUCCUUGGAAACCAGAACGGAUCACUAUGCUUAGAUCUGGACAAAAACUUCCAGCUCUCUGCUCAAAACCUUAGAAUAGCCACACCACACCACCGCCCUUGUUGCUAACAGUGAGUCCUGCUUGGAGUAGACCCAUCGGAAUGACUGGGCACCGCUGGUUUAGAUCCAUUCCUUUCAAUGGCUAGACCCUGCCUGGGUAGAAACUGGUUGGAUAAAUCCACAUUUACCUGCGCGGUCCUAACCAUGACUUCUCAGAAGUAGGUCCUGUUGAGUUCAAUGAACCUUGCUCCCAGGUAAAUGGGAUUGGGUUUGCCUUCACAUGGUCGUUCAUUCCAUUUCCCCUGCAUUUUCCUAACUGUUGAUUUCUGCGUUACAGUCGAGCUUUUGUACGAUGUAGAAGUCACUUCUGGGGAAACUAAUGGAAUAUAGCCCAUGAUUCGCGCUCAUUUCUGUGUUACUUGAUCCCAGAAAAAAACAAACCCACAACUCCUUGUAGCACCUUUAACGUGGAAAAUUGCUGGGGCAAAGCAGUGAAAUUUGGGACAAUAUACUGGCCUAUACUGGGAUGCGGGUGGCGCUGUGGGUUAAACCACAGAGCCUAGGGCUUGCAGAUCAGAAGGUCGGUGGUUCGAAUCCCCACGACGGGGUGAGCUCCCGUUGCUCGGUCCGUGCUCCUGCCAACCUAGCAGUUCGAAAGCACGUCAAAGUGCAAGUAGAUAAAUAGGUACCGCUCCAGCGGGAAGGUAAACAGCGUUUCUGUGCGCUGCUCUGGUUCACCAGAAGCGGCUUAGUUAUGCUGGCCGCAUGACCCGGAAGCUGUACGCCGGCUCCCUCGGCCAAUAAAGCGAGAUGAGCGCUGCAACCCCAGAAUCGUCUGCGACUGGACUUAACGGUCAGGGGUCCCUUUACCUUUACCUUACUGGCCUAUGGUUCUUUCCCGCUAUUUCUGUGGCAGACUCGUGGGGCGAAGGAAGCACACAUGGGCCAAGAGAGUGGGAGAAUGGCGACAUGGUCUGAUGGCAUUCCUGUUGUGUCAUACGGUGUAGAUGAAAUUUAGCUUAGUAUUUUGGCAUAUCGGCCCCCAAAGCCACAACUGCACAACAUGAAGCUCCAGCAUUAUAAUCAGGAAAACUGCAAUCUUUAUGACAUGAAGCGCCCUGAGAUCUACGGGUAUAGGGUGGUAUACAAAUUUAAUAAACAAUAAUGAUAAUAAAAAGGAUGCGCACCCACACUGUAAACCUAACCCUGCUUACCUUUGGAGUAAGCUCCAUUGAAAAUUGUCACCAGGACUUACUUCUGAGUAGAUGCGGUUAGGAUUGCAGGGUCAUAGAAUCAUAGAAUCAUAGAAUCCUAGAGUUGGAAGAGACCACAAGGGCCAUCGAGUCCAACCCCCUGCCAAGCAGGAAACACCAUCAGAGCACUCCUGACAUAUGGUUGUCAAGCCUCUGCUUAAAGACCUCCAAAGAAGGAGACUCCACCACACUCCUUGGCAGCAAAUUCCACUGUCAAACAGCUCUUACUGUCAGGAAGUUCUUCCUAAUGUUUAGGUGGAAUCUUCUUUCUUGUAGUUUGGAUCCAUUGCUCCGUGUCCGCUUCUCUGGAGCAGCAGAAAACAACCUUUCUCCCUCCUCUAUGUGACAUCCUUUUCUAUAUUUGAACAUGGCUAUCAUAUCACCCCUUAACCUCCUCUUCUCCAGGCUAAACAUGCCCAGCUCCCUUAGCCGUUCCUCAUAAGGCAUCGUUUCCAGGCCUUUGACCAUUUUGGUUGCCCUCCUCUGGACACGUUCCAGUUUGUCAGUGUCCUUCUUGAACUGUGGUGCCCAGAACUGGACACAGUACUCCAGGUGAGGUCUGACCAGAGCAGAAUACAGUGGCACCAUUACUUCCCUUGAUCUAGAUGCUAUACUCCUAUUGAUGAGGCCCAGAAUUGCAUUGGCUUUUUUAGCUGCCGCGUCACACUGUUGGCUCAUGUCAAGUUUGUGGUCAACCAAGACUCCUAGAUCCUUUUCACGUGUACUGCUCUCAAGCCAGGUGACUUGGGAGGGGGAAUUCUGCCAUGUGUUGGGUAUGUCCUCUUAAGCCACAGUUCCUAUUGUCCGCCGCCGCUGGCCAUGUUGGUUGAGCUUGAUAGGAUUUGGAGGCUGGCAGCAUCUGGGGGGCAACCGGUGACCCAUUCUUGGGGCAGGAGGUACUACAGAGGUAACCGGACUAUGGUUUGCCGUGGUGUAAGUCAGCUUCCCGUGUUUCUGUUUAAAUCAGGCCCUGAUCCGGAACCUUGAGGACUAGAAUCUCUCUUUCUGUUUUUAGGGGAAAGGCCGUAGAUGAAUGGUAGGAUAUCUGCCUUGUACUCAGAAGGUCCCAGGUUCAAGCCCUGCCAUCUCCAGGUAAGCCAGUUGGUUAGAACGUGCUGCCAAUGAACGCCAAGGUUGCAGGUUCGAUACCUGCUUGGGACAGCUGCAUUGCAGGGGGGUUGGGCUAUAUAUAUGAGAAACGGGGGGGGGGGGCUAGUCCUGCCCUUUGCUACUACCCAAUUAACCUCCGUCUCCAAGGGCUGCCACAGUCAUAUCGCCAGGGGCAAGCUGAAGCUCUCCAAAUGUCCCUGUUUUCCAGGGAUGGUCCGGGAAUAACAGAAGCUACCUAGGUUUCUGAUUUGAUCCCGGACUGCCCUGCUUUCCCUCAACAGGAUAUCCCUAUUUUCAUUGGAGAAAUGUCGGAGGGGGUGGGAAAGGGUGCCCUAGGUGUUCAUCAGAGAAAUGUUGGAGGGCAUGCAAGCUCAUGGGCUAUCUAUGCCAUGGGAUGGCACAGAGGCAAACCCUGGAGAUGGAGAUCAAUUAGGAGAGGGGGGCAGAAGAAGGAAGACCCCCACCCCCGAGUGUCUACGUGGGAAUUUGCAGACCACUUCUGCCAGGCUGAAGCUUUCAAGCUGCAUCAACAGUCAUUGUUGUUGCUUAUUUUUCUUUUUACCACCAGAGGCUCCUCCACCUGCCAAGAAAACCUGGAGGCUUCAGGGCAGACCUGGAGGUCUAGCCCAGGCAUAGGCAAACACCUCCAGGUGUUUUGGGACUACAACUCCCAUCACCCCUACCUAACAGGACCAGUGGUCAGGGAUGAUGGGAACUGUAGUCCCCAAACAGCUGGAGGUCCAAGUUUGGCCAUGCCUGGCACUAGUUGAUCCUCAGAACCCUCUACAGUUCUAAGAUUCUGUGAUUCCUGGGCGAGAGGGACCGGUGGUCUGGCUAGGGGUAUAAGGCAGCUUCUUAUAUUCCUAUUCCACUGCCCCACCCAUUUACAGGCCUUGUUGUCCUUCAGAGUUUAGCUCCUUCCAGAUCUCAAGAAGUUACUGUUAGGAUAUUCCGUUCCACCUUAAGGAACAGGCAUGAUAGUUGUGUGUCACAUGCCUGUUUACACUCCAGCACAGCUUGCUGGGAACUUCUGUUUGGGUACAGUUUUUGCUUUUGCCGUUUUGCUUUGGACACGAAGGAGGUCAGACAUGUUUCCUUUUGUCCUGCUGUACACUGAAUAAGCAAGGGACACAGGUGGCGCUGUGGGUUAAACCACAGAGCCUAGGACUUGCCAAUCAGAAGGUCGGCAGUUCGAAUCUCCGCGGCAGGGUGAGCUCCUGUUGCUCGGUCCCAGCUCCUGCCAACCUAGCAGUUUGAAAGCUCGUCAAAGUGCAAGUAGAUAAAUAGGUACCACUCCGGCGGGAAGGUAAACGGCGUUUCUGUGCGCUGCUCUUGUUCGCCAGAAGCGGAUUAGUCAUGCUGGCCACAUGACCCGGAAGAUGUACGCCUGCUCCCUCGGCCAAUAAAGCGAGAUGAGCACCACAACCCCAGAGUCGGCCACGACUGGACCUAAUGGUCAAGGGUCCCUUUACCUUUACUACGCUGAAUAAACUGCUUGUAAAUAUGCUCACACAGCCUCUCCUGCCACUUCCGUUUGUGCAGCGUUUACUCUGCUGAGUAGCGUGCCCCAGCUUCUGAAGCUCAGGUCGCAGAUUCAUGCUGCACCAACUGGUGGGCUGGAGUCUGCUGGGGGCCUGCCAGCUGCCCCCGUUUCCUUGGUUGCUUGCCAACAGUUACAUGUCUACCUGGUGGGUGGAUUCUGCCUCUCGUGUGUGUGCUGGUUAAUAGGUGUGCACAAGUGGCACACAGAAGGAAAACUGCCAAACGCGUUUGCAGAGCUAAGCAGGGCCCAUAAUGGAUUGAAAUGGGGGGACGGACCUGCAUGGACUAGAUGACCCAUGGGGUCCCUUUCCAACUGUGCUGGGCCCGGGGGUAACCCGUGAAACGCAGCCCAGGACCAGUCCAGAAUCCAAAGGUUCUGCUAGGAGUCAGUCCGACAGGGUCAAGGCAGGACGCCAGGCAGGAAACCAGGCAAGGACAGGUACAGGAUCUCAGGCAGGAUCUAGCAAACAGCAAUAUUGUUCCCGCAACCUGGGGCGGGGUCCGACAGCCUUUUAUCUUUGUCGGGGUAGCAGCCGGUCCUGAUCUCCCGGCGACUCACCUCCCUGUCUCGCAUGAAGGCGAGCACUCCUCCUGCAAGUACUUAGGUCUCUCCUUCUCUCAGACCUGAGUCUCUGCAACUCGAGAGACGUCAGUGAGUUACUAGACCCAGAGGCCGCCUCAGCCUCCCCUGACCCAACCGGUAGUGGAGCAGCUGUAAGCGAUGGCCCAGCUGAAGGCAACGAGGUCAUCCCCGCAUCUGGAGCCAGGGCAGGCUCAGGCCCCUGACUCGGCCCAGCUGGUGCUUGUUGCAGGGGAAACUGUGCAGACUGGGACUCUUCAGGAUCAGGCCCCAGACUUGGUUCAGAUGAUGCCUGGGGCAAAGGAUCCGGUGCGGACUGAGUCUCCUCUGGUUCCGAGUCUGAGCCCGAGUCCCAGGCCAUCACACCAACUCAACAAUUCUACGAUUCUAUGGAAUACCCAUUGCUGGUAACCAUAGAAAGGGAGAACAUUCUUGCACUCGGGUCCUGCUUGCAUUUGGCUGGCCACUAUUGGAGGAGGACUGGAAUUACAGAAUUCUAGACUUGGAAGGGACCUGGUGGUCAUCUAGUCCAGCCCCCUGCACUGACCCCUUUGGGCUCUUCGUAUGCCCAAUCUUCCUUUAAAAAGAGCAAUGUAAGAAGUUGCCCCGGUGGAUCAGACCAAAGGCCGUUCCAAUCCGCCUCCUUGCUUCUACAGCAGCCAACCAGAUCCAUCGGCAAACACUGCCAGCAAAGUGAUGUGCAUAGUUUUAAUCCUAUGAAUGUUUCAUGGUAUUGCAAGGCUUGGUUUUCCUGUGUUUUCAUAGAAUCACAGAAUUGUAGCAUCGGAAGGAACCUUUUGUUCGAUGUGGGUCUUGAACCCACAACCUUGAGAUUAAGAGUCUUGUGCUCUACCUAUCUGGAAACUGUAUUGGGUCCCGUCAGGGAAAAAGACAGGGUAUAAAUAGUCAUAUCUACUACUACUACUACUACUACUAUUUAAAACAAUAUAUUAAUAUAAUACAUAAUAUAUCAUAAAGGGACGCGGGUGGCGCUGUGGGUUAAACCACAGAGCCUAGGACUUGCCGAUCAGAAGGUCGGCGGUUCGAAUCCCUGCGACAGAGUGAGCUCCCGUUGCUCGGUCCCUGCUCCUGUCAACCUAGCAGUUCGAAAGCACGUCAAAGUGCAAGUAGAUAAAUAGGUACCACUCCAGAGGGAAGGUAAACGGCGUUUCCGUGCACUGCUCUGGUUCGCCAGAAGCGACUCAGUCAUGCUGGCCACAUGACCCGGAAGCUGUACACCGGCUCCCUCGGCCAGUAAAGCGAGAUGAGCACUGCAACCCCAGAGUCAGCCACGACUGGACCUAAUGGUCAGGGGUCCCUUUACCUUUAAUAUAUCAUAAUAAUAAUCUUUGCUCUGUCCCCUCCGUGGAUCUUUGAGUGUAUUCACUGGGCAGGCGUCUGGAUAAACAAUAAUUAUGGUCACCGGUCAUGUGUUGCACCUCUCCUGAGUCAGGACUCAGACACGUUGUGUACAGAAGCAAAGCCUGUUUUUCCAGGGUGACCUGUUUCCCCUUUGUGCCCUCGGUGGAUCUUGUCACUGCUAAUCUUCCUUUUUUGAGGAAGAGCAAGACCAAUAGACUGGCGGGUGUGCUUUGAUGACAGCUUAUUUGCUUUUGCUGCAAAUAUAUCCAUGUUCCUCUUUUCCUGCACUGUUCUCUAUUGUACUACCAACCUUACUGUAUUCGUGUGAAACAUGGACCACUUAUAAACGCCAUCUCCAGCUCCUCAGAAGAUUCCAUCAACGGUGCCUCCGAAAAAAUUUACACAUCACUUGGGAAGACAGGCGAACUAAUGCCAGUGUACUGGAAGAAGCAAAGAUCACCAGUGUCAAAGCGAUGAUUCUUCAACACCAACUUUGUUGGACUGGUCAUGUUGUGAGGAUGCCUGAUGAUCAUCUUCCAAAGCAACUCCUCUAUUCCGAACUUUAAAAUGGAAAGCGUGAUGCUGGUGGUCAACAAAAGAGGCUUAAAGGCUCUCUCCAGGCAAAUCUUAAAAAAUGUAGUAUAAACACUGACAACUGGGAAACACUGGCUUGUGAGCGCUCCAAAUGGAGAACAGCCUUGACCAAAGGUGUCCUGGGCUUUGAAGACACUUGAACUCAGGACGAAAGGGAGGAAUGUGCUAAGAGGAAGGCACGCUUGGCAAAUCCAGACAGUGAUCAACUCCCGCCUGGAAACCAAUGUCCCCACUGUGGAAGGACGUGUGGGUCCAGAAUUGGCCUCCACAGUCACUUAUGGACUCACUGUUAAAACCGUGUUUAUGGAAGACAAUCUUACUCGGCUACGAGGGAUUGCCAAAGAAGAAGAUAAAGAAACACUGUUCUCCCUCAUUUCACAGAAUCAUAUAAUUGUUAGGUUGGAAGGGACCCCAGGGGUCAUCUAGCCGAACCCCUUGCAAUGCAGGAAUUCUGCCCAUCUGCUCCGGGGUGGGUUCGAACCUCCAACCUUCUGAUCCUAACCACCGCCUCCGUCCAAGUUGCCUGGAUGCAGCCCAGAGAAGCACUGAAGGUGUUGGGGGAAGAAGGAGGCCAGAGAGGAGCAGACAGUGGCGAGCGUCCCUUGUCUCCUGCGCUUAGUGGUCCUCUCCUUGGGGUCCAUAAUAAUAAUAAUGGGGACGUGGGUGGCACUGUGGGUUAAACCAUAGAGCCUAGGACUUGCCAAUCAGAAGGUCGGCUGUUCGAAUCCCCGCGACCGGGUGAGCUACCGUUGCUCAGUCCCUGCUCCUGCCAACCUAGCAGUUCGAAAGCACGUCAAAGUGCAAGUAGAUAAAUAGGUACUGCUCCAGCAGGAAGGUAAACGGCAUUUCCGUGCGCUGCUCUGGUUCGCCAGAAGUGGCUCAGUCAUGCUGGCCACAUGACCCGGAAGCUGUACGCCGGCUCCCUUGGCCAAUAAAGCGAGAUGAGCGCCACAACCCCAGAGUCGGUCACGACUGGACCUAAUGGUCAGGGGUCCCUUUACCUUUACCUAAUAAUAAUAAUUUUUUUAUUUAUACCCCGCCCUUCCCAGUUCAAAAACCGGGCUCAGGGCGGCUAACAACAAAUUUAAAACACUUAAUUGUAAAAGCAGCAUAUAAUACAGUAUAAAAAACACGAAUAACAAUAAAAAUCAAAAAUCAAUCAGAUAAUCUUCAGGGCUAGCUGGCUGAAUUGAUCCUACUUGGGCCAGCGAGGAGGCCAGGUGAGAAUUAGCUGUGGGGUCUCAGAGCAGGUAAUCUUCAUAAAAGGGGAGGAGGAGGGAAAUCGGAGAUCAGGCUGAAUUCAGAUUAAAGACCAGGCGGAAUAGCUCUGUCUUACAGGCCCUGCGGAAGGAGGUUAAGUCCUGCAGGGCCCUGGUCUCAUGGGACAGAGCAUUCCACCAGGUCGGAGCCACCACUGAGAAGGCCCUGGCCCUGGUGGAAGAUAGUCUGGCUUCCUUAGGGCCUGGGACCUCUAAACUAUGAUUAUUUAUGGACCUUAAGGUUCUCUGCGGGGCAGACCAGGAGAGGCGGUCCUGUAGAUACGAGGGCCCUAUCUGCCACUCCUCCUGGUUGCCCCCAGUCUGCUGCCUGAGGCAACUGCCACACCAUGCCCUGUCCGGUACCACCACCUUGACGGGACGCCGGCAGCUAAUCAGCUGCCAGUGGUCCCUGGCAAGCAGUUGGCUGAGCUGCUGCGUUUGGCAGCUCCUGGUUCAGCCUCGGGGGGCAUCCCUGCAUGCCCCACAUUUGAGGAACUGAGAAAGAUCCCCUACACACGCAAAAGUAAAGGGACCCCUGACCGUUAGGUCCAGUUGUGACCGACUCUGAGGUUGUGGCGCUCAUCUCGCUUUAUUGGCCGAGGGAGCCGGCGUACAGCUUCCGGGUCAUGUGGCCAGCAGGACUAAGCCGCUUCUGGCGAACCAGAGCAGAGCACGGAAACGCCAUUUACCUUCCCGCCAGAGCGGUACCUAUUUAUCUACUUGCACUUUGACGUGCUUUCGAACUGCUAGGUUGGCAGGAGCAGGGACCGAGCAACAGGAGCCACCCCAUCGCGGGGAUUCGAACUGCCGACCUUCUGAUCGGCAAGUCCUAGGCUCUGUGGUUUAACCCACACGCAAAAGAGGUGUGUUAAUUCCAGAUGCCACAAUGCUUUCCUUUGCAAAGUCGGUGACCUGUAUGUCAUAGCCAUGAAUAUUGAUGGAAACAUCCGGGGCACGGGACUCUGUCCUGGUGGUUUUCCACCUAACGCAAGAAAAAACAGCGUAAAAACCCUGUUUUUCUUCCUGCCACCUUUUCCUGAUGCGCCGGCAGAUAAUUGGCAGUGUUCGGGAGAAGGAGUCAGCCUCUCCUCCAUCUUGGUAUCCUUGGGGGGUUGAUAAUGUUGGCCAUAAAAAUUCACUUAAGACUCAGCCUCGCAGAUUUGGGGGUGGUAGAGAUGCUUAUGGCCCUGGCUAAUAUGCAAAAUGUAUUUAUCUGUGUGCUUUCUGAGCAACCUGCUUGGUGCGUGUGUGUGUGUGUGUGUGUUUUUCUUGCUGGCGGAAAGAGGUCACCUCGUUGCGAUUCCAGAAGGGGCAGCGGAGCAAACUCUGCUUUUUAAUCAGGAGGGUUGACUUUUCCCCCUGCAAGAACAUGUCCGGAUUAUAACUUGCGUUUGCACAAGGCCUUUGCCGGAGAGGUUGUCGGUUGUGAUCCUUGCGACGAUGCUGCGAGGUGGGUCGGUUGCUAUUGAUUAUCUGCUUGCGUGACCCGUUGCGGGGUCACUGCAACCCCCGCAGCUCCCUGCCCCCCCCAGGAAACAAAUUUAGGGGUUUGCAACACAAGACACAAUGUGCAUUUAAAGCAUACAACUGUCCGCAGAGCUUUCACAAUUACCCAAGCAAUUGAAUGGCAUCUGCCAAACGAUGAGCUUGCCUGUACAUCUUUCCAUGGCUCCCCUGACUCCUGACCUCUGAUAACAUUCCACACCUCGCCCCUCCCUCCCUCCCUCCCGUUGGAAUGUUUGUGAACAUUCUGUGACAUCACAGCAUGUCAGUCAAUAGCUGGGGCGGAGAAGGAUUCUCCCAUAGGGCAGCUGCUAGGUAUUUAUUUAUUUUUAAUCUUUUAGCCAAGGCUAAAAGGAGGUUCUUCAUAGCUGGGGAAUCAUACCCAUGCUGAUUUACUUAAAUUUAUUUAUUUAUUUUAGCUGGAAAGACUAUCUUAUUUAUAUAUAUAUAUAUAUUAAUUUUUUAACCUAUCAUUUUCAGCAAUCAUUUAACACAAUUUCAUAUUUUAUACAAUUUUUUUGACUUCUAUCAAUCACAUCUGAAAUUUUUCCAAUCUUUUUCACUUAAUUUACAUUUCUUAAUUUCACUAUUACUUUUAAUUAUCUUAACUAAUAACUCUCUUCAUAAUCUUCCUUGCGAUAUUUCACAUUUUCCUCCUUACAAAACUUCUUGUAAUCCUACUAGCGUAAUAUGUUAAUUACAAUUGCUUUUCAGGUAGUUCACAUAUUUAUUCCAGUCCUCUGUGAAUCUCUGGUUCUGCAGGUUUCGAAUCCUUCCUGUCAUCUUAUCUAAUUCUGCAUAGUCCAUUAAUUUCAUCUGCCAUUCUUCUUUCGUCAGUAAUUCUUCUUGUUUCCAUUUAAUAAAGAUUUACUUAAUUUUUUAAAUUCCGUUAUUCUUGUUAUUUUCUUCACUGGGGAGAUAAAUAUGAGGCGGUGGCAAUUUCUCUCUGUUGGGAUGGGUCUGAUCUGAUCCCCCUCCCCUCUUGGCAGUCGUUGAUUUGAUUGACGUUUGCAUCCAGCCUGACGAUCUCUCCCUUUCUUUUUAAAAAACGACGCAGGUGAUGCUUGAUUUGGGAGGCUGAGGAACUGCCUGGCAUGGCGCCAUCAUUCAGAAGGACCGCGUUGUCUCAUGUGAGCAAAUAACAGCAGCUAGCAGAUAUCCAAAGGUAAGCUGUGGAAAGAGAGCACAAACAGGUACACCUUCCUAAACCCAGACAGAAAGCUUUCCUGAGCUCCUGAUAGGCAUUCCCCCCCCCCUUGCCGGCAUUCCUGAUGUUUUCCCAUUUCAUCCCUGCAAUUUUGCUAAUCGCCAGCAUCCUGUGAGCAACACUUCCUCCGGAGCUGUUGGAAUGUUCUUAAGCAUUUUGUGACAUUCCUCCGGACCAACAGAUGAUUCUCCCAGAGCUAUUUGAGUGUUCGUAAACAUUCUGUGACACCAUACUUGGCACCAAAGCUGGGGAUGCGGAUGCUGACCCGAGACAGGAUAUUAUUGUUAUUUUAACUUCUUGAUCAUUUAGAAAGAUGAGUUCAACACCUGGGCUCAUCGCCUCUCACGUUUUUAACCCUGUAUGUGCUAACUAGCUCGAAUCGGACAUGCUGGAUCAAACCAGUGGCCCAGCUACUUCAUUACAGUGGUACCUCGGGUUACAUACGCUUCAGGUUAAAUACGCUUCAGGUUACAGACUCCGCUAACCCAGAAAUAGUGCUUCAGGUUAAGAACUUUGCUUCAGGAUGAGAACAGAAAUCGGGCUCCGGCGGUGCAGCGGCAGCAGGAGGCCCCAUUAGCUAAAGUGGUGCUUCAGGUUAAGAACAGUUUCAGAUUAAGAACAGACCUCCGGAACGAAUUAAGUACUUAACCCGAGGUACCACUGUAUCUUGUUCUCACAGUGCACAGACAGAGCGUAGGGCAUGGGUAGGCAAACUAAGACCCAGGGCCCGGAUCCGGCCCAAUGGCCUUCUAAAUCCGGCCCACAGACGGUCUGGGAAUCAGCAUGAGUAGAAUGUGUGCUUUUAUUUAAAAUGCACCUCUGGAUUAUUUGUGGGGCAUAGAAAUUCGUUCAUUUCCCCCUUUCAAAAUAUAGUCUGGACCCCCACAAGGUCUGAGGGACAGUGGACCGGCCCCCUGCUGGAAAAGUCUGCUGACCCGUGGCUUAAGGAUCCAGAUAGACUGCCACUGGACUGGGAGGUUCCAUAAGAAUGUAAGCAAUGGCUAGUAGUCAUUGGCAGGGCCCGGGGGUUGGACUAGAUGGCCCUUGGGGUCCCUUCUAGCUCUGCAGUUCUAUGGAGAGCCAGUGUGGUGUAGUGGUUAAGAGCGGUAGGCUCUUAAUCUGGGGAACUGGGUUCGAUUCCCCGCUCCUCCACAUGCAGCCGCUGGGUGACCUUGGGCCAGUCACACUUCUCUGAAGUCUCUCAGCCCCACUCACCUCACAGAGUGUUUGUUGUGGGAAGGAAGGAAAAGGAGAAUGUUAGCCGCUUUGAGACUCCUGAAGGGGAGUGAAAGGCGGGAUAUCAAAUCCAAACUACUCCUCCUCUUCUUCUUCUUCUUCUUCUUCUUCUUCUUCUUCUUCUUCUUCUAUGAUUCUGCAACAAACCUCUCCUCCUCCUCCUUCCUCGAAUUGGUCCAAUUCUCUUCAGGAGCCACUUAAGUUGGCCGUCGUCCUUGCCUCCUGCGGGGGGGAGUUCUGGGAGGGGUGGUCUUGUGGUAAAGUUAAAGCUUACUGGGAAAUGAUAUACCGUAUUUUUUGCUCUAUAAGACUCACUUUUCCCCUCCUAAAAAGUAAGGGGAAAUGUGUGUGUGUGUCUUAUGGAGCGAAUGCAGGCUGCGCAGCUAUCCCAGAAGCCAGAACAGCAAGAGGGAUUGCUGCUUUCACUGCACAGCGAUCCCUCUUGCUGUCCUGGCUUAUGAGAUUCCGAAUAUUUUUUUUCUUGUUUUCCUCCUCCAAAACCUAGGUGCAUCUUGUGGUCUGGUGCGUCUUAUAGAGCGAAAAAUACGGUAUGAUGAAUUGAAAAGGAUGUUUAAAAUAACGUUUGUAAAAAACACACACCCAGAAGCUUUUCAUUUGGGAAUUAUAGGGACAGAACUACCUAAAAUGUAUAGAAACUUAUUCAUGUACAUAAUACCUCCGUGAACAUCCGCCUUGUCUAAUGUCCAUUCUGGCGAACGUCUGCGGCAAACCCGGAAGUACAGGAAUGGGUUAUUUCUGGGUUUGCCGCUUGCGCAUGUGCAGAAGCGCUAAAUCGCACUUUGCACAUGCACAGAAAUGCAAACCGCUUUUUGGCUAGCGGCCCAGGGCUCCGGAAUGGAUCCUGGCCACAAAACAGGGUACGAUUGUAUGCUACUACAGCGGCCCCAAAAUGGAAAGAAACAGAAGUCCCAGCAAAGGAAGAAUGGAUACAAAAACUUACGGAAUAUUCAGAAAUGGCGAAACUUACCGGAAGAAUAAGAAAUCAAGAUAUAUUUUUUUAAAAAAAUGGAAAUGGUUUAUUGAAUAUUUACAGAUAAACUGUAAACAGAUAAGAACAUUGGCAGUAUUAUUGCAAUAACCUGCAGUUUGAGAAGCAUAUAUAUUUAAAGCAGAUGCAUAAAUGAUCAAAUUAAGUCAGUUUGGAUAUGCAGAAGAUAUUAAAAAUAAGAUUAAGGGGCCGUAGAAAAAGGGGGAAGGAAGUCAAGUUUUGAAAUGUUAAAAUGAUAGCGGAAUUAGUGAAAUGUAUAAACUUGAUCACAGGUGGCGUUGUGGGUUAAACCACAGAGCCUAGGACUUGCCGAUCAGAAGGUCGGUGUUUCGAAUCCCCGCGAUGGGGUGAGCUCCCGUUGCUCGGUCCCUGCUCCUGCCCACCUAGCAGUUCAAAAGCACGUCAAGUGCAAGUAGAGAAUGCUCAGGGGACUGAAUCUAUCUCAGCACCUACUUCUGUCCUAUUAUCACAGUACCAUCGAGAGUGUCUUAACAUAUAGUAUAUUAUCGUGGUAUGGGAGCAGCUCUGAAACGGAUAAAAAGCUUUACAGAGAAUAAUUAAAAUUGCCCAGAAUGUUAUUGGGCUCCAACUACCAACCCUGGAUGAGAUCUUCACGUCUCGCACUUUGAAGAAGUCACACAAUAUCCUGAGAGAUCCCACCCAUCCUGCUCACAACUUCUUUGAACUGUUGCCUUCGGGCAGAAGAUAUAGGACAAUGAAAACACGAACCACACGCCUUCUGAAUAGUUUCUAUCCAAGAGCUCUGAUUGCACUAAAUAAUGAUCUCAGGGCCAGUUGCAAGGAAUAGCAAGCAGGGAGUAGGAAGGAAUGAGACAGGUUUUUAGGUUAUGUUAUGCUUUUAAUAGGUUAUGUUACAUUCUGGAGUAUGAUAUGUUUUUAUAGAUUAUGUCUGAAUAGGAUGAGAGUGUUGGAGAUACGUGCAAAUGUGUAUGUGAACCCGGUCUUCGAGUGGGUGUUUGAUUUUCGUUGUUGUGUAUACUGUGUAUAUACGGACAAUGACAAUAAAUUUAUCUAAAUCUAGAUAAAUAGGUACCGCUCUGGCAGGAAGGUAAACGGCAUUUCCGUGCGCUGCUCUGGUUCGCCAGAAGUGGCUUAGUCCUGCUGGCCACAUGACCCGGAAGCUGUACGCCGGCUCCCUCGGCCAGUAAAGCGAGAUGAGCGCCGCAACCCCAGAGUCGGUCACGACUGGACCUAAUGGUCAGGGGUCCCUUUACCUUUAUAAACUUGAUAGGCAUAAACAAAAUUUUUUUUUUUUGGUUAAAAAAAGGGAGAGGGAGUUAUUCAGUUUGACUAGGCGCUGCUUUGAAGAAGCCCUGUUUUUUAUCAGUCCUAAAUCUUCCCCUCUGUGUUCCCUGUCGCUCCUUGCUAAAUUGCAGGUCUCCAAGCGAGGAGGAAGAGGGGAAGAAAGAUGGAUCCGGAGAGGAACGGAGGCGUUGGCAGAACCAGAAAACGGCGCUUCAGAUCCAUGACUCUUGGGCUUUCUGAGUUGGUGACCUGAGAGAGAGAGAGAGAGAGAGAGAGAGAGAGAGAGAGAGAGAGAGUUUCUGCCUUCAGUCACUCCCUCAUGGCGCCUCUGCGCUGGGUGAUACUUCAGGCAGGUUGAGACACGGCAGCCUAGCCCAGCUCUCUGCCAGAAAAGCUGGAUUUCAAGUCGAGAGGGGCGGGGUGGCAGUGGCGGAGGCGGCAGAGGGUUUCAGUCACCCACGCCGGGAGAGCAGAGGUCAACUUCCUUGGGGGGAGGCAGUGCUUCUCAGUGGUUAGAGCACACACAGCCUAGAUUCCUGCAUUGCAGGGGGGGUUGGACCAAGGUGACCCUCAGGCUCCCUCCCAAUUCUGCAAUUCGAUACCCAGGCAGCACCGGGAAAACCUUCCUGCCUGCUGCCAGUCAGUGCUGGAGCACAGUGGUGGGCGGGGGCAGAAGGAAAAAGGGGGCGGAGCAACGCUUGCAUUGCACAGGAAGUUUCUGCGCCCAAACUCUGCCCUCUCUGACCGGGUGAGCGAGAAGCAGGGUCAGAUUUCAGGGACGCACCCUGCCUGGCCAGGCAAAAACACGUGAGGAGGGUGUGAAGCAAAGGCAGUGAGGAGUGUGGCCUGGGGAAUGUUCCGAGGGCCAGGUGGGGAGGUCCAGAGGGC